AUGGCCCCAAUUGGCGACGACGUUGCGCAGAAGAUCUUGGACUCGAUCCAAGAUCUUCAGUCGCGGAUCAAGAAACUCGAAGAUGGCAUUCAGCACAAGGCAGGGGGCCCUCCUCCACCAGCAGCUGAAGGAGUUCGAAUGAUCUUGAUGGGCCCACCGGGUGCAGGCAAGGGAACCCAAGCUCCAAAGAUCAAGGAGAGGUUCUCGUGCUGCCAUUUGGCCACCGGGGACAUGCUACGUUCGCAGGUCGCAAAGAAGACAACGCUAGGACGGGAAGCCAAAAAGAUCAUGGAUCAGGGUGGACUUGUCAGCGACGAGAUUGUGAUCGGUAUGAUCAAGGCGGAGCUUGAGACCAAUGCUGAGUGUCAAGGAGGUUUCAUUCUUGAUGGAUUCCCAAGAACGGUUGUACAAGCGCAGCGUUUAGAUCAGAUGUUGAAUGAGCGCAACAAGCCUCUUCAACACGCCGUAGAGCUUCAGAUUGACGACGGACUUCUUGUAUCGCGGAUCACAGGUCGUCUGAUCCACCCAGCGUCUGGUCGAUCAUAUCACAAGAUUUUCAACCCACCAAAGGAGAACAUGAAAGACGACAUCACUGGCGAGCCAUUAGUACAAAGAUCUGACGACAAUGCCGAAGCGUUGAAGAAGCGACUUGUCACAUAUCACGACCAGACCGCGCCUGUUGUUGGAUAUUACCAGAAAACUGGCAUUUGGAAGGGAAUCGAUGCCAGUCAAGAGCCUGGUCAGGUGUGGAAGAGUCUUUUGGGCGUUUUUGAUCAACAGAAACAAGGAAAAGCCGGAAGCUUGCUGAGCAAAAUCACUGGCCAUUAA